ACCAACGGUUCUUCUCGCGUCUCCGCCGUACGAUACGAGAGACAGAAAAAAAUAAUACCUACGCCUAAAAACAAAACAUUUUUUUUCUCGUUCCACUGAACACAAAAAUAAAAAUCCAAGAAAAAUUUUCAUUUAUUUUCUACCGUUUCCAAAUUUUCUCCGGAUAAAAAUCCCGACUUGUCCGAUUUUCGGUCACUCCCACGCCGUUUCCGUCGGUUAGCUGCAGUUGUACGCGGUCAAAAAAUAAUUUCACCGCAAUAUUCACGUAGUCCCUCGUACGUUUCUUGCUUAUUUCCCGGUCAUCGCCUUCGCCCACCCCCCUCAAAAACCCCGAAAACAGUCGAACAGGACUACCGCACAUUAUCAGAGAUCGGAGGACUCCACUUCCACUGUCCACACGAGAUUUAAGCGAAGUUAAUGAAUACUUAAGAACUGUCUGGCCGACCGGAUCAAUCGCAUUUGAACGCCGCCGCCGGACGCCGCGACACGCCGGACGUUAGUUUUUCGACCGGCGCCCAUCGGAGGAGAUCGCGCAAGGUCGAACGCCGUCGUCGCUUGCGGCCGACGCGCCAACGCCGCCGCGGCUUCACUCGUCGCACGCUAUUAUCGUCAUCGGCACACCAUCACUCGCGCGCCGGCAGCACACGGUGCAGUUGGGAUAAUACGCAUCACCGCCGCGAUGACGACGACCGCCGCCGUCACUGCGGACGUCCGGUCGUAAUAGAGGAGGCGAUAUCCGGUAUAUUACACCUGCCCGCCCCCCAGCGGAAGUGGUGCGGCGGCCGAGAAGACACCGGAAGCAGCGGGUACCGGCAGCAGCCCAUCGUAACAUAGUGACGGGCGAUGGCGUGGACGAUGGACGAGGAAAACUACACGGCCGUGGUGCCCACGUACCUGUCGGGCGUGUUCGACUUCAACGGCACGGCGGACGGCGACGGCAACGAAACGGACGUCGGCGGCUACCUGAACGUGACCACCGAGAUGCCGGUCCGGUACGCCCGGCCCAUGUACGGUUACGUCAUGCCGUUCCUGUUGCUGGUCACCAUCGUGGCCAACACGCUGAUCGUGGUCGUGCUGUCCAAGCGGCACAUGCGCACGCCCACCAACGUGGUGCUCAUGUCCAUGGCCCUGUCCGACAUGUUCACGCUGCUGUUCCCGGCCCCGUGGCUGUUCUACAUGUACACGCUGGGCAACCACUACAAGCCGCUGUCGCCGGUCGAGUCGUGCUACGCGUGGUACGCCAUGAACGAGGUCAUACCCACCAUGUUCCACACCGCUUCCAUCUGGCUCACGCUCGCCCUGGCCGUUCAGAGGUACAUAUACGUGUGUCAUGCACCGGUGGCGAGGACAUGGUGUACAAUGCCGCGAGUCCUCAAGUGCGUCGCCUGGAUAUCAGUAAUGGCAUCAUUACAUCAAUCGACCAGAUUUGUUGACAGAACUUACGAACCAGUCAAGAUAUCAUGGAGAGGACAAGACUCGGUCGUCGUGUGCAGGAUGAAGCACGCAUAUUGGGUUGAACAUUGGGUCACACUAGACGUAUACUUCACACUGUACUAUGCGUUCCGUGUGAUCUUCGUGCACACCGGCCCAUGCAUAUCUCUCGUCGUGUUAAAUCUUUUACUGUUCAGAGCUAUGAGAGAUGCACAAUUAAAAAGAGACAAAUUAUUCAAAGAGAACAGGAAGAACGAAUGCAAACGUCUUAGAGAUUCUAAUUGCACAACAUUGAUGCUCAUUGUCGUUGUGACGGUUUUCUUAAUGACUGAAAUUCCAUUGGCUGUAGUGACGGUGCUGCACAUAAUAUCGAGCAGCAUCAAAGAAAUACUCGACUAUUCGGUGGCCAACCUAUUGGUGUUGUUCACCAAUUUCUUCAUAAUCGUCAGCUACCCGAUCAACUUCGCUAUCUAUUGCGGCAUGUCCAGGCAGUUCCGGGAAACGUUCAAAGAGCUGUUCAUCAGAGGCUCGGUGCAGAUAAACCGUAAACACGGGGCCGGCGGCAGCUCCCGUUACUCGUUGGUCAACGGACCCAGGACGUGUACCAACGAAUCGCUUUUGUAAAUUCAUUGCGAACGCAUAUUAUUAUAAUAAUAUAAUCUGAUGUUAUCGUGUGCGCACGCGCACAAGCCAAUUUAAAAACCACUCGUCGGACAAUUAUUAUAUUAAUACCCUAAUCGUAUACAUAAUAACGAUAACCGGUCAAAAUAUAGGUAUCCAUACAAAAAAAAAAACCCCCAAAAAAACCAAAUACCCACUUACAGUCGUUGUACACAUAAUAUUAAUAUAUUAUACACAAUAAUAUUACCUAUUAUACCAUUAGUGCGGAAUGAAUUUGGGAGGGCAUAUAAGAGAAGGUAAUUCCUGCAGCAUUACAGCACAGUUCGUACCUACUACACAGUAUACGACAUAUAUAGUAAUGAAAGUUUUCGAAAUCAAAUGGUUGAUACGCACAAACCUUAUAAUCAGAAUUUUUGAACGUACAAAAAAGUUCCAUUUCCAACAGUAUACGUAGAAAUGAAAUGUCGAUAUCGCUCAGGCGCAGAUCCGAGGGGGCGAAGGGGUCAUGCCCCCCUCCCCCCGUAGACUCUGCCACACAGGUAAAGUCUAAUAUGUCUGUUUUUGGCAGUCGAUAAAAUACGAUACGUACAUAGUAUUGCUCCCCCUCCCCCGUAAAUAUAAUCUAGAUCCGCACCUGAUAUCGCUUGAACUACCAGUGCACCAUACGAUGUGCGUGCAAUAUUAUUUUGAUCUUUUUAAUUGUGUAUUAAUUCAUUUGGUCCAAGAGUUUUGUCCUAAACUCAGUUAAUCGCUUCGAAAACUGCACCUAUAAAAAUACGUUUUAAUAAUAAAUUAAUUUUAAAUUUGAAUCAAUUCAUUGAUUCUUUAAACGAGUACUUAUGUAAUCAAUUUAUUUUUCAAGCUACCGAUAAUGCAAUGAUUACGUUUAUUUUGUUUUUUUUUCGUUUUAUUACAA